CUAAUCAAUUUAUAUCUCUCUUCACCUAAGGUCAAAUCAAUUUUACCGUAACAACGAAUGUAUCUUGCUUUUCGUUCAGAAUACCAAAAUCCGCCGUGGUUUUUUUAUGACAACAAUGAUUUUUUCCUAAUCGAGUAUUUCUUUACUAUCUAUGGAUAAAUUAAAUAUAAUUAAAAUUAAUAAUAUCCAAAUUAAAUAAGUCAUUAUCAACGCAUUGAGUUCAAUCUUGGUUUGGACAUGCUGAUAUUCUGGCGUCCAGGGAAGAAAACCCCAAUCGUUAAACAUCAGUUUCCGAAACUAAGGAAAAUUAAAAAAAAAAAAAUUUGGUAAACUCAAGAAGUAAAUUAGAGGAAUUCCCAAGAGAAGAGGAGCCCAAUCCGACUAUUUACAAUGCUCGUCUUCAAGCUCUUUUCUGUAACUCCAAAUCAAAUUGGUAGUCCAACCGAGUGAUCCACCGUCGGUAAAUACGGCUGAUCCUCUCAAUAAUUAAGCUUCCCCCAAGCUGGAUUUCUCCCUCUUUUACUAUCUAUAAUUAAGUAGCUUAAUUUUCACGUUGAACGUCACACAUUCACAACACAAAAGGAGUUGGUUAAUUAGCUAGCUAGCUAGCAAUGAAGAGAGUAAUACUGUUUCUUCAGCCGGGCGCAGUAGUACGGAUCACCACAACACUGAUAUUGAUGGCAACAAUCCUUCUCAUGAUCAUGAUCAUGUCGCCGCUGCCGAUCGCAGUCACCGCCGAAUCGGACGACCAUAGAUGUACUGGCUGCACACGUUACACUAGUUGCGGUUGCGACAUAGGACGCUGCUGUAGUCCGUCUGGCUACUGCGGAUCUGGCGAGGGUUACUGUGGUCAUUGUUUCUGUGGGCAUAAAAUUUGCAAUGAUUGUCAUUGCGAUGGAACUUGCUGUGGUAAUUCUGUUGGCGAAGAGCAGCUCCCAGCGUAUCGUAAACAUUACGAAAAUGCCACGCAUGAUGCUGCUGUUGUUGAUCGUCGUCGUCAUCACGGUCGUGAUGACGACGACAAUAUCAUAGUUGCUACCUACGACGACGACGGCGGCAACCAUAACAUAUCUUCAUUGGUUACUAGCCCUAGCGUGACCAAGGUCAGGCCGGUUCAACGGUAUGGUUCGGUUGCAGUUUGUGGACAAUCAACGAUGGUUUCAGCCAAUAGUACGAUUGUUCCCGGCCAAUGCCUAGAGGUGACAAAUGUUGAAAAUGGCAAGCAGGCAAUGGUGAGAGUUACCGGCCGUCAUAAACAAUACCAUUGCAGCAACACAAGUUUGGUGGUGGAUCAUGGUGUUUUUCGACAGCUCGUGGGAAGGAGCAGCGGCCAUGGAGAUCCACAAGCUCGUCACUUUCCAAUCAGUUACAAGUAUGUGCGUUGCAUGAGCAUCUGCAAUUAACGGAGUCAACGAAGCACUUGUUAGUGUUGUGGUUCACGAUUGAACAUCUCCCUACAAUUCGAGUUAAUGGGAUCAACUGGUUCUUGACAACACUAUCCCUGUUUAUGAAAUAAUACGGAGCCUAUAUUUCUGUUUUAAGUGGCAUUCAACCUAAUGGGUAUUGAACCAAUCAAUUUAAUUUGAUUUGGACGAUGCGAGUUAAACUCGGUGUUAACGAGCUUUGAUUUGGCAGUGAGUUUUAGCCGAUUUUGUAAUUGACAGGUUGGGUCGGGUGUGAAGUUAGUUAAAAACUCGGUCCGUUUUCCAAUUGACCCACAUCUAAAAAAGCAAAAAAAUCGACCCUACCAAAGUGGGUAAUUGAAUCAACCUAAUCUGAUUCAGAGAACAAGAAUUGAACCCUGUGUUGACGAGGUUUAGGUAGAAAGAGAGUUUUAUUCGCACGUCCAGCGAAUAGAAAAACAAAUUAAAUAUUGUUCGUAUGUUUAAGUAAUGAACAGUAAAAGAUACGUGCGCUUUUAAUUAUAUAAUAAUAAUAAUAGUAUUUGGAUGUGAAAUACAUAUUUAGUGCAUUACUUGUGAAUUUCAACUACGAGAAAUUUUACAAUGCUAUAUAGUAUUGGUGCUAUAGGUUUUUGUCUUUAUGGUACAACUUAAAAUUGUACAUUUACGUUAUGGUACAACUUCAGAUUGUACCUAUACUUUUUGCACAAAUUCUUUUAUGAUAUAACUUGAACUUGUACCUUUAUGUGAUGGUACAACUUCAAGUUGUAAAGUUGUACCAUAACAUAAUGGUACAAAUUGCUUUAUGGUACAACCUAAACUUAUACAUUUAAUGUUAUGGUACAACUUUGAGAUGUACAUUAAAACACCAAUACUAUAUAGCAUAGUAGAAGUGCUCUUCAACUACAUAUCAACAACGAGAGAUUUAAAUUUUCUCAUAGCAACUGGAACUCUUUUGUAAAAUUUUAGAAAUUCAGAUACAAUAUUGUAAGGAAAAUAUAUAAAGGCACAUCACUCGGUAGUGAUGUAUAUGUAAAAUUUUGCUUUCUCGUGAGCUGUAAAAGAAAAGCUUUUGUAGGAGAUUUUCUACACGUAAAACCAGUUUCUGUGUUGUCCAAGGAUAAAAGCUUCGAGGACUUGAUUGUAACUCUUGUAAUAGAUAAAUGAUUAAUAUGUAAUAUUUAUUUUAUUCAUCUUCUUAAUAGGACAUUUAGGAUAUAUAUAUAGUGGCUACUUUGGUACACUCAUUUUUUUUUUUGUGCACUCAGUGCACCCAUUUCUAAAAGUGUCUAUAGUACAUCAAAUUUUGAACUUUAAUUAGUACUGUCAAUCUAACAUAUGAUGAUAUGACAUAGAAUCAUAACAAAUCAAUCUAUUACCCUAACCCCUUAACCUUUAAUUUUGAAUUCCAAUGCAAAAUCCCAAACCCUAAACCCUAACCCUAAACCCCUAAAUACUAAAUCCUUCAAAUUAAAGUAAAUCUUAAAUGAUUUUUUUUAAUUCAUGGGCUUAUUGUUCAUAAUAUCAUAAGCAACAAUUGAUACCAUUUUGACAUGAAUCGCAUGCUCAGAAUGAUGAUUAUGAGGUGGGUGUGUCGAAUACGCCACCAUAUAUUAUUAGAAUUAUUAAGGCACAAGAUUUUUAACUGUUGCUUACGAAAAGAACGGGUUAGCUUUUAAAUUCGGGUUACUGUUCAUAAACAAUUAAACACUCUUUUCUUUUAAUUGUCUGUGGCCGUGUGUAGCUAAACCACAUGUGAGCUGUAUGGCGGUUGUCCAAGCAUCUCAAUGCAGCCCUCUACUUUUUGAACCCAUGCCUUUUUCCUUCAAUACCAUUACCAUUCCUAAUCAAUUAGUCAUGUACGAAACAAUAACACGAUCAAGAUUGAGAUUAACGGGGAGGAAUGAUGAAAUCAAUUAUUAGAAUUGUA